GGUACCGCCACCGCUGCCUCCGUCGCCGCCUCCGCUGCCACCAGUGGGAGAAGAUGGCGGAGGGAGGAGCGGCGGAUCUGGACACCCAGCAGUCCGACAUCGCGACGCUCCUCAAAACCUCGCUCCGGAAAGGGGACACCUGGUAUUUAGUGGAUAGUCGUUGGUUCAAACAGUGGAAAAAAUAUGUUGGGUUUGACAGUUGGGACAAAUACCAGAUGGGAGAUCAAAAUGUGUACCCUGGUCCCAUUGAUAAUUCUGGACUCCUUAAAGAUGGUGAUGCUCAGUCCCUUAAGGAACAUCUUAUUGAUGAAUUGGAUUAUAUCCUAUUGCCAACUGAAGGCUGGAAUAAACUUGUCAGCUGGUACACAUUGAUGGAGGGUCAGGAACCUAUAGCACGAAAGGUGGUUGAACAGGGUAUGUUUGUAAAGCACUGCAAAGUAGAAGUAUAUCUAACAGAAUUAAAGCUGUGUGAAAAUGGAAAUAUGAACAAUGUUGUAACACGAAGAUUUAGCAAAGCUGACACAAUAGAUACAAUUGAAAAAGAAAUAAGAAAAAUCUUCAAUAUUCCUGAUGAAAAAGAGACCAGAUUAUGGAAUAAAUACAUGAGUAAUACAUUUGAACCACUAAAUAAGCCAGACAGUACCAUUCAGGAUGCUGGUUUAUAUCAAGGACAGAUGCUAGUAAUAGAGCAGAAAAAUGAAGAUGGAACAUGGCCAAGGGGUCCUUCAACUCCGAAGUCCCCAGGUGCAUCCAAUUUUUCAACUUUACCAAAGAUCUCUCCUUCAUCUCUAUCAAAUAAUUAUAACAACAUCAACAACAGAAAUGUGAAAAAUUCAAACUAUUGUCUCCCAUCAUACACUGCUUAUAAGAACUAUGAUUAUUCAGAGCCAGGAAGAAACAAUGAACAGCCUGGCCUAUGUGGCCUAAGUAACUUGGGAAAUACGUGUUUCAUGAAUUCAGCUAUUCAGUGUUUGAGCAACACCCCUCCACUUACUGAGUAUUUCCUCAAUGAUAAAUAUCAAGAAGAACUGAAUUUUGACAAUCCCUUAGGAAUGAGAGGUGAAAUAGCGAAAUCUUAUGCCGAACUCAUCAAGCAAAUGUGGUCCGGAAAAUACAGCUAUGUCACCCCAAGAGCCUUUAAGACACAAGUAGGACGUUUUGCACCUCAAUUUUCUGGGUAUCAACAGCAAGACUGCCAAGAAUUACUAGCUUUCCUCUUAGAUGGUCUACAUGAAGAUUUGAAUAGAAUUAGGAAAAAACCUUAUAUUCAACUGAAGGAUGCUGAUGGAAGGCCUGACAAGGUGGUUGCUGAAGAAGCCUGGGAAAACCAUUUAAAGAGAAAUGACUCUAUCAUAGUAGAUAUAUUUCAUGGCCUUUUCAAAUCAACCUUAGUUUGUCCUGAGUGUGCUAAGAUUUCAGUAACAUUUGAUCCUUUUUGUUACUUGACACUUCCACUGCCUAUGAAAAAAGAGCGUACCUUGGAAGUUUAUUUAGUUAGAAUGGAUCCACUUACCAAACCUAUGCAGUACAAAGUAGUUGUUCCCAAAAUUGGAAAUAUACUAGAUCUUUGCACAGCUCUAUCUACUUUGUCAGGGGUACCAGCUGAUAAGAUGAUAGUUACUGAUAUAUACAAUCACAGAUUUCACAGAAUAUUUGCUAUGGAUGAAAAUCUUAAUAGUAUUAUGGAACGGGAUGAUAUUUAUGUAUUUGAAAUUACCAUUAAUAGAACAGAAGAUAAUGAGCAAGUCAUAAUUCCUGUUUGUUUAAGAGAGAAGUACAGACACACAGGUUAUAGCCACCAUAGUGGUUCAUCACUCUUUGGCCAACCUUUUCUUAUGGCAGUACCUAGAAAUAAUACUGAAGAUAAACUCUACAAUCUUCUAUUGUUGAGGAUGUGCCGUUAUGUAAAAACAUCUACUGAAACUGAAGAAACAGAAGGAUCCCUACACUGCUGUAAGGACCAAAAUAUUAAUGGGAAUGGCCCAAAUGGAAUACAUGAAGAAUGUUCCCCAAGCGAAAUGGAAACAGAUGAGCCAGAUGAUGAGUCCAGCCAGGAUCAAGAACUUCCUUCAGAGAAUGAAAACAGUCAGUCUGAAGAUUCAGUUGGAGGAGAUAAUGAUUCUGAAAACGGAUUAUGUACUGAAGAGACUUGCAAAGGUCAACUUCUCAUGGGACACAAAAAGCGAUUAUUUACAUUCCAGUUCAACAACUUAGGCAAUACUGAUAUCAACUACAUCAAAGAUGAUACUAGACAUAUUAGAUUUGAUGACAGACAGCUUAGACUAGAUGAAAGAUCUUUCCUUGCUUUGGAUUGGGAUCCUGAAUUGAAAAAAAGAUACUUUGAUGAUAAUGCAGCUGAGGAUUUUGAAAAACAUGAAAGUGUGGAAUAUAAACCUCCCAAAAAACCUUUUGUGAAAUUAAAAGAUUGCAUUGAACUUUUUACAACAAAAGAAAAGUUAGGUGCUGAAGAUCCUUGGUACUGUCCAAAUUGUAAAGAACAUCAGCAGGCUACAAAAAAAUUAGAUUUAUGGUCACUGCCUCCAGUACUGGUGGUACAUCUUAAACGUUUUUCUUACAGCAGAUACAUGAGGGAUAAGUUGGACACAUUAGUUGAUUUUCCUAUUAAUGACUUGGAUAUGUCAGAAUUCCUUAUUAAUCCAAAUGCAGGACCUUGCCGCUACAAUUUGAUUGCUGUGUCCAACCACUAUGGAGGGAUGGGAGGAGGGCACUAUACUGCUUUUGCAAAAAAUAAAGAUGAUGGAAAAUGGUACUAUUUUGAUGACAGUAGUGUCUCAACUGCUUCUGAAGACCAAAUUGUGUCCAAAGCAGCAUAUGUGCUCUUCUACCAGAGACAGGACACUUUCAGUGGAACUGGCUUUUUUCCCCUUGACCGAGAAACUAAACAAGGUGCUUCAGCUGCCACAGGCAUCCCAUUAGAAAGUGAUGAAGAUAGUAAUGAGAAUGACAAUGAUAUAGAAAAUGAAAACUGUAUGCACACUAACUAAUGAAAGUCCUAGAAGCCAUAAAAGAGAGACUUUCCUGCAGGUGGUUUCUGUUGAAAUAAUGAAGUUACCCACCACAUUAAAACAGAAGUCUGAGAUGGGGAGUUUCAAAUAAGAGAAUGUAAAUCCUUUAUCAGAUUUUAACUUGUGCAGUACUUGAAGUGAAACACAAUGAAAACUUUAACAGAAAUUGUCUCUUAAUACAUUUACAGUCUUGUAUUUACAAGCUAAAUAUAUAUAGGAAAUCACAAAUAAACCCCUUUUAAGUUUGCUGCUGUUUUGAUGAAUUAUGUUUCUUUAAUUGUUUUGAAUGUGAGUUAACUGAUGAGAAAUGUUAAAUUUGUGGAUGUUGGUCAUUUAAUUUACUAUAAUAAUUCUGCAAGAAAACAAUGACUGAACCUAGUUUUUGGAUGAACUUAUUCAUGUAUAUUAGGCAACCAUUCAUACUACUAUGCUAUUUAGCUGCACUAGUAAAUGUGGCAUAAAUACUGCAGUAGUCUUCUUGGAAAACGAAAUUUUCACAUCUUUCCCUAAUAAUCAAGCUGGCCUCUUAAGAAAAACUGAAUAAUGUUGAAAGAAAUAAGCUCAGAAAGGUCAUUUCUCUUCGUGGUAUCAUUAAACAUCAAGAAUAUUAUGUUCCUCUAACUGCUGCUGUGGAGCAGGCUCUAGAUUUCUUACUGCAUAUGAAGUCAUUUUUCAGUUAAAUAUUCCUUAUUGCUGUUGAAUCUAUUACUUAGACAUUAAAAUUCUUAACUUGCGUAUAAGAAAUGCAUAACUUUAAUCUGGUGUCAGUCCAAAGUUUAAAUUUGUGCUGCUCAUUUUUCUCUACCCCAUUUUUUUCAGUUUGGCAACUUUCAGCUCUCCCAAUUAUUAUAAAAUAAGGUCAGACUUAAUAGUAUUCUAUAUCCAUAAUAAUAACUGUACAUCAAGCAUAGAUGAGAUUUUUUUCAUAUACUUGCCUUUAAAUCAUUAAUGGACAAUUGGCUUUAAAGGUAGGUCUGUUAAUUUUCUUUGUGUGUUCCUGAUGGAAUUCACCAUAGCCUUACAGCUUUUCUCAGAAGGUAACUUGCUAUAAGAGAAUUGGCAUUUGCAUGUUCCAGAGUCAGAACCUGUACAGCAUAUAAAGCAUACAAACCUUGAAUUUGAUUUAGUUAACCACAUUCAAGGAUUCAGGAUGCCAAAAAUAUGUGUGAACAUUUUAAUCAUUUUUUUUAUUUGCUGCUUUCCCUUUGAUCUAGUUGAAAGAAUGUAUUGUUGAUUGGCAUACAAUACUGCCUUUACUAGGAAAUCUUUUAAGUGCUGGGACAUACUUCACAUACCUACCUAUGACCUGAGGAAUUGCUUUGUGUCCCACUGUUAUUGAAGCAAAAAGUAUGAUGUUCUUCACUUGAACUAAUCAAAUACAAUAGGUUAUAAAUUGUGUAUUGUAAAUAAAAGUUCACUCUGUGAGUGCA